AUGCGACAGUCUCGAAUACCAAUCUUAGAUUCCGAACACGUCCAUUCUACCUCUCAUCUUGGACAGUGGCCUACUGCGUCAAGUUCAUUGCAUGCAGGUUCUGGAGAUGAUGGAUCUAGCUCGGAUGAAGAGCGUGACGCUUCACCACAUGUAUUGAUACAACCGAAACCCAGGGCUCCGAAUCGGCCCAGAUCGAGUCUACCGAGCGGUGUUGUUUACGAUGCGAGGAUGCGGCACCAUGAAGAGUACAUGUCCUCGAUGGAGGAUAAUACACCUCACCCAGAGAACUCAACCCGCAUCCUUGCUAUAUGGAAAACACUCGCCCAAAAGAAGCUAGUACAGCACGACGUUUACUAUCCACAUCCAGAUCCGCAGGACCAUCUGCUAGCUCGUGUCGACGCUAGAUAUGCUCUCAAGAGUGAGAUAUGCCUAGUCCAUGAGAAGCAGUAUUACCGAAGAGCCAAAAGCUGGCAGAACCUUACAGAAUCCGAAUUAGUAAUGAUCGGAAAACGCGAUUUGGAGUCAAUCUAUCUACACCAAACCACGUUCAGCGUUGCUCGCCUUGCAGCGGGAGGUACUAUUGAGAUCUGUCGUCAAGUUGUGGCAGGAAACCUCAAAAAUGGUAUAGCAGUUGUGCGUCCCCCUGGCCACCACGCCGAACCGCAAGUAGCCAGUGGCUUCUGUAUCUUCAACAAUGUAGCAAUCGCUGCGAGGGUCUGUCAACAACAUUUUCCAGCGACGUGUCGAAAGAUCUUGAUUCUGGACUGGGAUGUUCAUCAUGGAAACGGCAUACAGAAAGCAUUCGAGAACGAUCCAAACGUGUUGUACAUCUCACUACACGUUUAUCAGAAUGGCUUGUUCUAUCCAGGUGGCACUUACGGAGAUGAAAAUCAUUGUGGGGAAGGGCCAGGUCUAGGCUACAACGUUAACAUCCCUUGGAUGACCCAUGGUAUGGGAGACGGAGACUACCUCUUGGCUUUUCGAGAAAUUGUAAUUCCCAUAGCCGAGGAGUUCAACCCUGAUCUUGUCAUCGUCGCUGCUGGCUUCGACGCUGCAGAAGGAGACACCUUAGGGAGAUGCCAUGUAUCACCAGCAGGCUACGCUCAAAUGACUCAUUCGUUGACCAAGUUUGCGAACGGGAAACUUGUAGUUGUUCUUGAGGGAGGAUAUACCCUCCCUUCUAUUGCUAAGUCAGCUCUUGCUGUAACACAGGUACUGAUGGACGGCGAAGUAGAUCGAGCAGCAAACCCAGAUCCGCAACCUACUGCGUCUGGUCGAGCUGUGGUCGAGCUCGUGAAACGGAAACAAGCCAAAUACUGGAAAUGCAUGUAUCCGAAACCAAUAGAGCCAGCUGGAUCUCCUGGCGCUCGAAGUGAUCGGAUUCACGAUGUAAUUCGCGAAUGGCAAGCGUACAGGUUUUUCAAGGAUUAUAGCAUGACGCCAUUGAUGAUUCUCCGUCAAGGUGUAUCAAGGACAUACAAUUCUCAGGUUUUGGCUACGUUUGUACAUCCCGAUCCGUCUCGAGCAGGCAAGUGGCUAACGCGGCGGUAUAGACCCGGUUACGACCAGAAAAAGCCGCUUCUGGUGAUAUUUCACGAUCCGCCUGGUGCAGAAACUAUUAUCGACCCAAGGAACGGGCGCCUAGAUUGGCAUAACACAUUCAUGGUAUUUCCUUUUUCUCGGGGCUAG